AUGAUUCUUUUUUCAAAGCCAUCACUCCAGAAUGAGUAUAAGAAGAUUCUCCUAGUGCUUCAAGAAUUUGCGCUUGCUUACAAGGAGAAUAGAGUCAAGAUCAAUUAUCAACUGAGACCUGUCUUGUUGUUCUUGGGAACCUUGGCAUCCACAGCUGGUUUGGGGAUCCUUUUCUCGCUCCGUUCGUUGAUUUUGCAAAUACAAGAGAGAAAUACCCUGAAGAAGCGUCCUAAGUUGAUACGUCAGUCUUCCACCAUCCUUAAGAACGGUUCCAGAGAAAUCUUUGUACCCAGACCGAAUGGUAAUACCUCAAGAGUUAUUAUCCCCAAACCUAACUUCGAUCAAUAUGCUGCUGAUAAAUAUUUAUACAAGAAUUUCUACAUCGACCAGAAGUUGAAACUGCAAAAUAACAUCUUAAAUUCAAGAUUUGUCAGCCAGUUGACGAUCAUCUGGAGAAUUUUGAUCCCAAAAUUCUACCUGAAGAAUACUUAUUUAUUGCUUUCCCAAUGCUUUUUCCUUAUUUUGAGAACUUGGCUUUCUUUACUUGUUGCCAAGUUGGAUGGUCAAAUUGUGAAGAAUUUGAUUGGGGGAAAUGCAAAGAAAUUUGCCAGAGAUUUGAUAUACUGGAUCUUAAUUGCCUUUCCUGCAAGUUAUACUAACGCAGCUAUCAAGUAUUUGACUUCGAGGUUAUCACUUUCCUUCAGAACCAACUUGACUAGAUACGUUCAUGAUGUCUAUUUGGACAAGGUUAUGAGUUACUACAAGAUAUCUUUGAACAACGACGAUAUUGAAAACAUCGAUCAAUAUAUUACCAAUGAUAUUGCUAAGUUUUGUGAUUCCAUCUGUGGAUUGUUUUCUUCUAUGGGUAAGCCUUUUAUUGACUUGGUGUUCUUUGCAGUUUACUUGAGAGACACUUUAGGAACUGGUGCUAUAACUGGUAUCUUUGUGAACUAUAUUAUCACUGCAUGGUUUUUGAAGAAGAAUACUCCAGCCUUUGGUAAAUUAUCUUCGAGAAGAACACAUUUAGAAGGUCAGUACUACAACGAACACCUUAACUUAAUUACAAAUUGUGAAGAAAUUGGUUUCUAUAAGGGAUCCAUUAUCGAAAAGAUGAAGUUGAAUUCAACCUUCAAUAAGUUGAUGGAACAUAUUAACAAGGAAAUCAACAUUUCCUUUGGAUAUAGCGCUUUAGAAGAUUAUAUCUUAAAGUAUACCUGGUCAGCAUGGGGUUAUGUUUUUGCAGGAUUACCUGUCUUUUUAGAUGAUCUCUGGCCUAAGGAACAAGCUCCAUCAAUUGCUGAUGCAAGCAACUCUACAUCUACACAGAAUUCCACUAACAGUGAACGUCAAAAUAUGAGACAAUUCAUCAUCAACAAGCGUCUUUUACUUAACUUAGCAGAUGCUGGAUCUCGUCUUAUGUACUCGAUUAAAGAUAUUUCUGAAUUAACUGGAUACACCGAUCGUGUUUUCACACUUUUAACCCAACUCCACAAAGUACACUCUCCAACCUUUGAUUAUGGAAGUAAGUUAGGAACUACAGAUAUUCAUGGAACCAUCCAAAAGAAUUACUCAAAUGGAUUAAGAUUUGAAAAGAUUCCAAUUAUUAUUCCAACAUCUGAAGGCUCUGAAAACCAGCCAUUAAUUUCCAACUUGAAUUUCCAAAUCCAACACGGUAAUAACAUGUUAAUUUUGGGAUCCAAUGGAUGUGGUAAAACUUCUAUUGCUAGACUCUUAGCAGGAUUGUGGCCGUUAUAUAGUGGGUUACUCUCCAAGCCAAACGAUGAUGACAUCUUCUACUUACCUCAGAAGACAUAUUUCACCAAUGGUAACUUGCGCGAUCAAAUCAUUUACCCUCACUCUUACGACGAAAUGAUAGAAAUGGGCCAUAACGAUGACCAUUUAUACCAUAUCUUGAGAGAAGUUAAAUUGGAGUACCUUUUAACUAGAGAAGGUAAUUUCAAUGUAAAAAAGGAUUGGAAAGAUGUUUUCAGUGGAGGUGAAAAGCAGAGAAUGCUGAUUGCUAGAGUAUUAUUCAAGAAUCCUAAAUUUGUAAUUUUAGAUGAAUCUACUAAUGCUGUUCUGACAGAUGUUGAAGAUUACCUCUUUGAAUUAUUGCAAAAGAAGAGUUUUACUUUCAUCACAUUAAGUCAUAGGCCAUUGUUAAUGAAAUACCAUGACUACAUCUUGGAGAUCAAGAAUGAUCACGGAGAAGCUGAUAGUUGGGAAUUCCAUGACUUAACAUCUGAAGAAAACUUGCAGAGUAUUGAUAAUGAAAUCAAGGAAAUAGAAGAAAAGUUGGCCAAAGUUGAAGAAUGGGAAAAGAGGAAAGUAGAAAUUGAAGCAUACCUUGAUGGAAAAUGA